AUUUAUAUAACUUCAUCAUUUAGAGUGUAUCAGUGCAUAUAUCUUUAUUGAAAUGAAACUAAGGAUUGUCUUGCAUAGUUUUGUAGACUAUAUCCCAUUGUAUGAAAUAAGGUGCGACAAUGCAUUCCCAGAACCACGUACAUUCUUAGAAAAGAGGGAUGAGAACAAAGUAUUCAAAAGUCAGGUUUGGGGUAUAUAAAGUAGCACAUUUUAAAUGUAUCUUCAAAGUUUGACAUGGAGAGUCUGCAAAGCCUCGUUUUGUUUUUUAUCGUUGCAAGUCAUUUUCCUGCAAUUUCUGCACUUGUAGAACCUCAUUUAAGGGUUGAGGUUUUGACGGAUACAGAUCCCUUCUUCUGCAACGAAACCUUGUUUGACCUGGGCACCUGUCAAAAUGUAACAUACGAUUAUUUCUGCACGCUUAACAAGCCUACCCAGGACUGGUUUUAUGAGCUUUACAGAGAAUCAAUGUCGGACACACAACAUACGCGGAAGGAGAUCAGGACGCUGAGUGAGACGGAGAAGCAAGAAUACAUUGAUGCUGUACUGGCCCUCAAAAAUGAUACGACCAUAUGGCCCAACAAAUAUGACGCAAUUGCAAUGAUACACACCAACCAGACCAUUUGUUCCAUUCAUAGAGGGACUAACUUUUUAGGAUGGCACCGAGUGUAUCUUCUGAUAUUUGAGGCAGCUCUUCGUCAGAAAAAUAAAAAGGUGGCUCUACCGUAUUGGGAUUCCCUACUAGACAACUACAUGGACAACGACCCAACACCUUCAAAGUCUGUUGUUUUUACAGAGGAAUUUCUGGGAAAUGGUAAUGGUAAUGUGAGUACAGGUCCAUUCAAAUUCUGGAGAGACGUUGAUAAUUGUACUCUGCAGAGAAGUGUGAAUUUUAAUAAUUCCGGCACGUUAAUGACACAUAGCACAAUCGAUAUGAUACAGAAUGAUCCGUCCGUGCAUCACAUGAAACAAAUAAUAUACAACCAGAAAAACAAUACUCACACCUUGGAAGGGCAACACAAUGUUGUUCACGAUUGGGUGGGUGGUAUGAUGUCCAUUUUGGACGAUUCUCCCCGUGACCCCGUAUUUUUUCUCCACCAUGCUUACAUCGACUAUAUAUGGACCAAAUUUAUUCAGAAACAAUCGGCUAUGAACGUUGAAGAAGAAUAUGAAAUUGUUGGGAAUGACAUUAAACGUCACCAUCCAAACCGAACGAUGGAUUGCUUCUAUUGGAUGAGAAAUGAGGACGGACUUAAACCAGAUCUUGCAGCGAAUGUUCGUUACGAAGAUUCACCUGCAUGUCCGGACUGUGGUCAGUCUAAAUACCUGAAAUGUGAUACGAAUCUGAAAAGAUGCGUUCCAAGUAAUAAGUUUACAACCGCUGGAAAAGAUAGUGUUCGCAUGACAUUUUUCACACCAAUUUGUUUUCUUUAUUUCAUUUCACUUCUACUAUAACAUCAUUCUAAAAAUUUUUUUUACAAAUAAACUCCUUUCCAAAAUCGAAAUGCCAAAUAUAAUCUAAAAAUCAGAAGACAUGUUUUUCAAAAUAUGCUUUUGCAUUUUUACAAAUUUUAUCAAUAGAUUCUUUAUAAAUAUAAAUAUCUUUUAAUUUUUGAGACUUUGAAAAAGUCCAAAAAUUAUAUAAAUCGAAAAUCCCUAUAUGACCAAACGAGGUAAAUUAUUGACAAACAAGAUGAUGAAACAAGAAUAUCAGCAGUUUUGUUUAAAAUUAUCAUUUCGUAAGUUCUAUGGUCGAUACGAUAUGACCUUGUUGGUAUAUACAAUUUUUAUCAUUGAGUCAUAUGCUGACUGACGUUUUUCAUACUCAUUGUUAGGUCUAUCGAUAGACUAACGGGAGUUGACUUUUUCUGUCGUUAGAAAUUGACCUCCCCCUGUGUUUUCAGGUAUCAGUGUUGUAUUCUUUCUCCUAGUCUGUCUAAUUCAGGGAUUGAUCACGGGUCUUCAUUUCAUUUUAAAGCAAAAAUAGGAUUAAGAAUCUAAUUAGAUUGUACAAAUCAUGAACAUUCAAAUAUCUAGCAUAUCUAUUGUUUUCGUUGAAAUUGAAGCAAAUGCUGCAAUUGAGUAAAAAAGAUUGUAUUGUUCCAUGUCAGCUCUUUAUUUGUUAUACAGCAGUCAGUGAGAGAAAAAUAACAACAAAACUCCUGCAUUUUUCUAUGACAUAAAACUAAAAAAAUAUCUAUAACUACAACUCAAUUACACAUGUACAUAAACUUUUCUAAGAAAGUGAACACCUAGUUUCGAUUACCUAGAAUUAUUUCUUUUGCCCAAAAUACACGCAUACUAAUCGUCUUUCAUUCUAUAUUUCCUGUCAUUCUAAAUACCACGAAAACUAUAUUACCUUUAAAUAUAUAUAUAUAUACACGUAUUGCCUAUUUCAAAAUAUGGGUCACCCAUGUUAAUGUGUAUCGGAGUGUAAAAUGUUUUUAUUUCAGCAAGCCUGAACUGAAUCUAUAUCAUUUAUAUAAUUCGAUAUCCAACUAUCAUAAUAAAAGAAAGCUAAAUUGUAAUCGCUAUAUACUCUUUCUUAUGAUGUCAUACAUGUUAAAUCUGUUAUUGUUAUGUAGUGGGAUAGAUUAGUCCCUUAAGGGGAUAUACGUAUUGUAUGAUUUUAAUUUAAGAACAGAUGAUAAAACAAACUGUAAUCAGAAAGUCUGAUAGUAACAACUUUCACGCUUAUAUAUAAAUAAAAUGAAUGUUUCACCGCCUAGAUUUUAUCUUUGAGUAACAAGAAUGCUAUACAUUAGUUUGAAGAGUUGCGGGAAGGUAGAAUUUUCAACACCAUAGGAGUUUACAAAUUCCUAUUAUUAAAGAUAUUUAUCAUUUGCAUGAUUUACAAUAAACAGGUAACAAAAUAUAUGUAGCAAUUCAGGCAUCC